AUGCCGCAGUGCUUGGGGAGAUCUCCUAUAUUUUUUUCUUCACAAAGAACUAUUUUUAGCGUGUUUAAAAGAACGUUGAGCAAUGCCAAGGAAAAUCUAAUAGAUGCAGAAAGCAGGAAGAUCGAAAAGACGAUCCUCUACAUGGAACAAUGCAUAGCAGAAGAAAAUGAGCAAAACAAAAACUUACUUAACUUCAAAACGGUCCAUGAUCAAGAGGACAAAUUGAGAAGCAUACACAUGAACCUAUUGAAAAUGUCGUAUAUGUUAAAAAAUAUGAGAAUCAAUGAGCAGAAAUGGCUAGCCAUUUAUAAGCAAAUUAGCAACCUCCAGCCUCUGGAUAGAAAUCUCUUCAGAGGAAAAGCAAAGAAACAUACCUGCAAAAUGGAAAAAAUGGAUCAAGAAUAUGACAGUUCAUGGUGUAAAGAACAUUUCCCCAAUGGAGCAGUACAUGAUCAAAUUUUCCGCAAAUAUAAUCUGCUAAACUUAGACGCAUGUUAUAUAUUUAUUUUUAAUGUUUCGAUUGGACAUCUCAUGAACUACCUCUGGCUGUACACAACAAGCAACUAUUUGUUAAUAUUAAACUGUUGCGCAAAAUUUUUCCAUUUUUUCUUCAAUCUGCACAGGAGAAAGGGUCUCCAAAAAUUAAACUUCAUUUAUCUGAAGUCUGAUAUACAUAAUUAUGGAGACAACAUUAAGAAUUUGAAAAAUAAGAACAACCAUGUCAUCAGAUGUGGGAAAAAUUCCACCAUCGCUUAUCACUACGAAGAGCUGUACAAUUUGAAAUAUCACCAAAUAGUUACUUACAAAAUAAAUCUCAUGACGCAGGUAUUUGGGAAUUUAAAUUAUGACCUAUUAGACGGUGUACAAUUGGCCCAGCUAGCUAAUUUUUUCUACGUAGUAACGAAAUGCGGAGUAAUAAGUGAAAAAGGCGUACAACAUUUUCUGAGUUAUUAUUUUCAAAUGGCAAAAAAGGGGGCAUCACCAAGCAAGUUGGCCUCAAACAACGUGGUGCUGAAUGACGUGCUACCGAAUGACAUGGUGCCGAAUGACAUGGUGCCGAAUGAUGUGGUGCUCUUUUCCCAACUCAUCAGCACGAUGUACUAUUCUAAAAUUGUCCACUUUGAAUUGUUGUCCCAUUUGGUUAGCUCCUUCAGAAGGGUCCACCUCGACUCCCCCCACAUUUGCAAAAGAGGCCUAUUCGACAGCUACCUUAAACUGCUAACAUUGGUAAAACUGACUGAUCAAAAUAUGUACAUAUAUACCUAUUGCAAGCAUUACAUUUUGAGUGGGGACACAGAAGAUACAACUCACAUGUCCAACAUUUGCAACUUCUUUUUCGUGUCGUCCAUUGUCGGCCUGUUUAACUUCCCCCUGAUGAAGUUUUACAUCAAUUUUUUAAAAAAAAAAAAAAAGGGUAACACAAAAUUUAAAAAUUCCACAGCGCAUAAAAUUUACUACACCUUGUUAGGGUGGGACAUAAUGCUGAAUAGAUUCAUAAAAAAUGUAGAUGAAGAAAGGAGAGAAAUGAUCGAUCUGGCAAUCCUAAAUUUUGAGAGCAAAAAUAUUCACUACUGGUUUUCAAACAAAGUCCUUUACGACUUUUCCGAUUUAUCCCAUCAAAUAAUCUACCUAACCCUUUUUUUUAAAAAUAAAUUUAUGCUCAAAAAGGAGGAAAAAAAUUACUACUUUAAUCAGAGUGUCAUAUUCCACAUAUUGAAGAAACACUACAGGAAUGUAAUCUAUGAAUACGUAACAAACGAAAAAAUUCCUCUGGAUGUCUACAUUAAGGUUCGUAAUAAUAAUCAGCAGAAAAAUAUCGCCAUCGAGUUUAAUGGUAGAACACACUACAUCUUAGUGCUUACCAAGGAGGGGCACUCAACAGGCACUGUUCAGUACACAAUGAAAGAAAACUGCAAUACCAAGUAUAAAAUGUGGAUCCUCUCAAACAUAAAUUUUUACACUAUUUCUGUUUCAUAUUACUACUGGAAUGAGUUGCAUGAAUAUCAGAAGGAGCAACACUUGCUUCAUGCGACGCAACUCCUUCAAUAA